AUGAGUGGAAGACAAGGUGGUAAAGCGAAACCUCUCAAGGCCCCAAAGAAAGAGAAGAAAGAAGACGACGAAGAAGAUGCGGCGUUCAAAGCGAAACAGAAGGCGGAGGCUGCAGCAAUGAAAGCCGCUGCCGAAAAGGGCGAGUCACAUUCUCUGUCCAACAUCAAUACCUUUCUUUACCACUGGACUUCACCGACGAUGAUCUCAAAAUUAGGUUUCGAGACCGGCUUUGAUAUACGGGAGCUAACUCAUAGCCAAGAAGGGUCUACUUGGAACGGGUAUAAAGAAAUCCGGCAAGAAAUGAAGAUGUCGUCUCGAGAUCAUGAUGGAGGAGAGCGGGAACGAGCAUGGGCCAUAGGCCAUGGAUCGGCCAUGGAGCCAUGGACCAUGGGCGAUGUGUCAUGA